AUGUUUACGAAAAAUAAAGAAUUCAAGCACUCUUUACUUAAAAUUUGUAUAAUUAGUCCAUUUGGAACGUUGAAUCUACCAUUGUUCGAAAAUGUACAAAACAAAGAAAUUAAAAUCUCAAAAAUUCAACCCCCGAAAGCUGAAAUCCCCGAAUGCUCAAAACCUCGAAAGCCGAAAUCCCCGAAUGCUCAAAACCUCGAAUGUUUAAAGCUCCGAAAGCUGAAAUCCCCGAAUGCUCAAAACCUCGAAUGGAGAAAGAUUGAUAAGGGAAGUAUAACGCUUGAGAAAUUCCUAACUGAAGGAAUCAAUAUAAGUUCAAGGGACAUAAGUUUGCAUUUUGGAAUGCAAUAUGCUUCAGGUUUCGAUUUUGAUACAGACGAAGAACAUUUUUUGAAUAAACUAGCAGCAGUAGUGCCUGAACCAGCGCAUGUUGUUAUUGAACAAGAUUUCAACCAAGAUUAUUUAAUUUGCCGCAUUUGCCUAUUAAAGUUUUCAGAAUUUAUGUUUGUACCGAAUGGACAUUUGCAAAUGUGUGAAGUCUAUUGGACACAAUAUCAAACACGGGAAGAAAAAUAAUGUCCAAUGUGUCGAUAUUUAUAUACAAAUGUAUAUAAAGCACAUUGUUGAAUUUAAAUUGGUAAUUAUUAUUAUAAAUUUUUUUAACGAAAUUCUAUUUUUUCGUACAAAUAUUGUAAUUUUAUCUUUUAAUCAUUAAAAAAAGGUUCAUUAAUUUACAGAAUAAAGUUGAUCGAAACUAUAAAAAGAAAGAUUCAAAUUAUCUCUUAUGGAAUAUAUUCGAUAGAUCUAGUCCAGCGUACUCAAUUGACAUUAAUAAUUAUUAAUGUAAAAUAAUAUUAUUAUUUCUGAAAGAUUUUCAAUCCGAAAGAUUGUCCACAUUUCUUACGCUUUUCUACGUGUUACUAAAUAUUCAAGAAAAAUUAAUUAAUUAAUAAUUUAUUUAUAUAAUUGUUAUUACUGUAAAAGUAUUAUUAGAAUUGUAAGGUGAAUUCUAUUUAUUAAUAAGAUGAAAGAAUUUAUUUUUGUUAUUGAUAAUAUAAUUA